GCCCCCGCAGGGGCGGGGCAGAAGCAAGUUACUAAUUCAUUCCCCACUUGCUGUUCGGUUGAGAAGCAGCCUGGCGGACACCGGAGCCACGAUGAAGCCCCCAGCCGCUGUCCGCACCUGCGGCUUCACGCUGGUCCUGCUCUGGCUGCUGGCCGUCCUCCAGACCAACACUGCCCGGAAGAAUGGCAUCGACAUCUACAGCCUCACCGUGGACUCCAAGGUCUCGUCCCGGUUUUCCCACACGGUCGUCACCAGCCGGGUGGUCAAUAGGGCCGACACUGUGCAGGAGGCCACCUUCCAGAUGGAGCUGCCCAAGAAGGCCUUCCUCACCAACUUCUCCAUGACCAUCGACGGCGUGACCUACCCCGGGAGCAUCAAGAAGAAGGCUGCAGCCCAGGAGCAGUACAGCGCGGCCGUGGCCCAGGGCCAGAGCGCGGGCCUCGUCCAGGCCGCCGGGAGAAAGACGGAGCAGUUCCAGGUGUCGGUCAGCGUGGCCCCCUCUGCCAAGGUCACCUUCGAGCUGGUGUAUGAGGAGCUGCUCAGGCGGCAUCUGGGGGUGUACGAGCUGCUGCUGAAAGUGCAGCCCCAGCAGCCGGUCAAGCAUCUGCAGAUGGACAUUCACAUCUUUGAGCCGCAGGGCAUCAGCUUCCUGGAGACAGAGAGCACCUUCGUGACCAACGAGCUGGCAGACGCCCUCACCAUCUCACAGAACGCGACCAAGGCUCACAUCCUGUUCAAGCCAACACUCUCCCAGAAGCAAAAGUCCCCAAAGCAGCAGGACACAGUCCUGGAUGGCAACCUCAUCAUCCGCUAUGAUGUGAACCGGACCCGCUCAGGGGGCUCCGUUCAGAUUGAGAAUGGCUACUUUGUGCACUACUUUGCUCCCGAGGGCCUGUCCACAAUACCCAAGAACGUGGUCUUUGUCAUUGACAAGAGUGGCUCCAUGAGCGGCAGGAAAAUCCAGCAGACCCGGGAAGCCCUAAUCAAGAUCCUGGAUGACCUCAGCUCCAAAGAUCAGUUCAACCUCAUCGUGUUUAGCGGGAAGGCGGCCCAGUGGAAGCCGUCCCUGGUGCCAGCCUCAGCGGAGAACGUGAAUGAGGCCAGGAGCUUCGCUGCCGACAUCCAGGCCUUUGGAGGGACCAACAUCAACGAAGCGAUGCAGAUGGCCGUGCAGCUGCUGGACAGCAGCAACCGGGACGAGCUGCUGCCCGAGGGGAGCGUCUCCCUCGUCAUCCUGCUCACCGACGGCGACCCCACCCAGGGGGAGAUCAACCCCACAAAGAUCCAGGAGAACGUGCGGGAGGCCGUAGGUGGCCGGUACACCGUCUUCUGCCUGGGCUUCGGCUUCCACGUCAGCUACGCCUUCCUGGAGAAGCUGGCGCUGGACAACGGCGGCCUGGCCCGGCGCAUCUACGAGGACUCGGACUCCGCCCUGCAGCUGCAGGACUUCUACCAGGAGGUGGCCAACCCCUUGUUGACGGCAGUGGCCUUCGAGUACCCGAGCAGCGCCGUGGAGGAGGUCACGCGGGAAAGCUUCCCGCUCUUCUUCAAGGGCUCGGAGAUGGUGGUGGCCGGGAAGCUCCGGGCCCAGAGCCCUGACGUGCUGUCAGCCAAAGUCAGCGGGCAGACGCAUACACAGAACAUCACCUUCCAAACGGAGUCCAGUGUGGCAGAGCAGGAGGAGGAGUUCCGGAGCCCCAAGUACAUCUUCCACAACUUCAUGGAGCGACUCUGGGCAUACCUGACUAUCCAGCAACUGCUGGAGCAAAGUGUUUCUGCCUCGGACGCCGACCGGCAGGCCCUCGAGACUCGAGCUCUCAACUUAUCACUGCACUACAGCUUUGUCACUCCUCUUACGUCUAUGGUGGUCACCAAACCCGAAGGCCAAGAACAGUCUCAAGUUGCUGAGAAACCUGCGGAAGACGAAAAUAGACACAAGAACGUUCACUCAGGUCAAACUCACCUUGGAUCUCGUGUCGUAGGAGGUCGGCAGUCCAGAAUAACAGGGAUCAGCCUUGAGGACUCUUCCCUUGCCCAUAGAAGAAGAUGGAGUGCACAAGCUGGAGCUUCUGGCAUGCCACUGCGUUUCGGACUUGGAGUUCCCAGCUCCUCAAAGAUGCGUGGACCCCCGGGACCUCCACAUGCUCCUGAUUUUAUUUUUGCGAACUGGGAAGAUGGGCUACCGACCUCCGCGUUCUCGCCGUCAGCCACCUCAAAUCCUGGACGAGCUAUGUCACAUGGCGCGGAUAUAAAAACCAAAGCAACAACUACAACAGCCCCAGCCCCAGCCCCCAUCCAGGCUCCCUCCGUAAUCCUGCUGCCGCCUGGGCAGAGCGUGGAGCACCUCUGUGUGGACUUCAGGCACUCUCAGGGGCCAAUGAACCUGCUCUCAGACCCUGACCAAGGGCUUGAGGUGACCGGCCAGUAUGAGGAGAAGGUAGCUGGGUUCUCAUGGAUCGAGGUGACCUUCAAGAACCCCCAGCUGCAGGUUCAUGUGUCCCCUGAGCACGUAGUGGUCACUCGGAACCGAAGAAACUCUGUGUACAAGUGGAAGGAGACGCUGUUCUCGGUGAUGCCCGGCCUGAAGAUGACCAUGGACAAGACGGGUCUCCUGCUGCUCAGUGGCCCAGACAAAGUGACCAUCGGCCUGCUGUCCUGGGAUGGCCCUGGGGAGGGGCUCCGGCUCCUUCUGCGUGACACUGACCGCUUCUCCAGCCACGUCGGCGGGACCCUCGGCCAGUUUUACCAGGAGGUGCUCUGGGGGCCCCCAGAAGCGUCAGACGACAGCAAACGCACACUGAGGGUUCAAGGCAGUGACUACUCUGCUACGAGAGAGCUCAAGGUGGAUUAUCGGGUGGAGGCCCCAGGAACAGAAAUUUCUUGCUGGUCUGUGCAGCUGUAGUCCUGGUGACAGGAGCUGUGCCUGCUAUGUACACUCGGCUGCCACCCUGCAAAUGCAGGGUCACCUGUGGGCCUGGACCACAGUGGGGGAAGGGAUUCCCACUCAUUACAAAUAAAGAAAGUGGGUGCGAGCACAGGGA